AUGCCACGUUCUUCUUCAAAGCUUAGAGAGAGUGCCCAGAGAAUCCUCAACAAGUUGCCGAAUUCAUAUGCUUUCACGAAAGCACUCGGCGAAGCUCUGGCGGUCGAAGCCAUGGAUCACAUUCCGGUGAUGAUUCUGAGACCAUCAAUUGUGAUCCCAAUCUGGCAGGAACCGAUUCCAGGGUGGACCGACAACAUCAAUGGACCGACAGGAUUAUUAAUAGGCGCCGGGAAGGGAGUCAUUCGAAGCAUGUAUUGCAAGAGCAACAGUUACGCCGACUAUUUACCUGUCGACGUAUUUAUAAACGGAAUCAUGAUCGGAGUUUGGAACUAUAUUCACUACGGAGACAAAAAAUCGAGCGUUAUCAAUUUCACUUCGUCGGCCGAGAUCAAAGUUACGUGGUCGGAGAUGAUUGAUGCUGGACGAGAGAUCAUCAUGAACAGGGUCCCGCUGAACGGGGUCGUGUGGUACCCGGGUGGUUCAAUGAAACACUCCAGGCUGUACCACAACAUCUGCGUGUUCUUCUUCCACUGGAUUCCGGCUGUUUUCAUCGAUAUACUGCUCUUCUGUCUCGGCUAUAAGCCAGUAUUGAUGCGCGUCCAGCGCCGCAUAAACAAGGGAUUCGAAGUUUUCGAAUACUACACGAACAACCAGUGGGACUUCAAAUCUGACAUCGCGCAGACAGUCCGACAAAGGUUAAACACGAGAGAACGGAGGGACUACAAAGUGGACGCUGGCGGUCUUGACAUCUCCAAAUACUUUGAAGACUGCAUAAGAGCUGCCCGCAUUUAUAUCCUGAAAGAAUACGACGAUACAUUGCCGGCUGCGAGGAGACAUAUGAAAGUGAUGUGGUUCGUCGACCUGGUCACGCGGUGUCUCUUCUGGGGCUUCGUGUUUUACUGGCUCUACAGUUGGACGACGUCGUUCGGCUCAAGCGCGACCACCUCAAACGUCUUCCCGGCCGCGGUUGUGAUGGAAUCAUAAAGCUUUAAUUUGCGACUGAAGCGAGAGUCCGACUCCGAGUAUUAACAAUCGAAAUAGUUUUCUAAUUAGAGUAGAAGAAUUCGUUAGUUUUUCACGAGGGAUCCACGACUCGUAGCUGCCUUAGGGAUUUUUAGGAACCACAAUGUGGCGGCAUCUAUUGGCAGAUAAACGAAACUACAAAAACAUAAUUGAAAAUAAAUCUUCCAGAUAAGUCCCUACAGCUGAAGUUUUGCUGCACACAAUCACUUGCUCCGGCUUGAAAGGUGGACCCGUCUUUGUAAAAUACAUUCUCAUGGUGAAAAAUAUUUCAUUUACUGUAAAAACAGAGCUUACUAAGCAAAAAAUCGAUAAACAAUUUGAUUAACCUUAUUAAAAUAUAGGCAUAGGUAAUAAUUAUAACUUUGUGAAUACUUGCCAUUAGUAAGCUUAUAGUUUUUUACAACUCUGAAACUUGCCCCUGAAACUAACCUACUGUUUUAUUUUUAAGUAUAAUAGAUUUUUAAACCACAUACUUAUAUAAUAUACGCAGAUUCAAAGAGUUUUCAUUGGCAUUAAAAUUUAAAAAGUACCCUUGUUAAUAGAUGGCGCUGUACUAAAAAUUUUUACGCAACGAAUUCCAUCUUAUAAACAACAAUUAAUGUUUCUCUGUAGGGGUAAAAAAUAAAGCAAUAAGACAAUAGAACUAGCUGUCUGGAUAGUUCAGUUAUUUUUGUUUAACUACAAACGUAAAAUGAUGGUGAAGGAAGUUGACUUUAGUAUUAAACAAUAAAAUUAUCUUAGUGUUAAUUAAGAUAGAUUGUUACUGUAAUAUAUAAUAAAGACGAAAUAUAUCUGUGGCGUAUUGUAGAUAAUUAUUAUAUUUUUAUAAAAUUUUUGAUAUUUUUUUUGUAGUAAAUCAAAAACUGUUUACACAGCCUGUAAAUAAACAUUGCCAAGCCGUCGCUAAGAUAAUGCAUCUUUAUUUUAAAUUUUUUUCUUUUGACCUGCACAUGUGAUAUUGCACGUGCUAGGCCUUUGCUUACACCCUCCAUCUCAGUCUGUCUUUCUCCGUCUCAGUGAACAUUAAGUAACGCAAAAAUAUUUACAUAUAGAUAGAUUAUUAACUUAAAAUUCAAUUUUAUAAGCAUCCUGAGAACUUAGAACUCAUAUCUCAAGGUGGGUGGCGGCAUUUACGUUGUAGAUGUCUAUGGGCUCAGAUAACCACUUAACACCAGACAGGUGUUGAGCUCAUGCACCCAUCUAUGUACUAAAAAAAUAAAUAUAUAAAUCUUGCUUUGAAAUAGAAAUUGAAUUUGAACUUUUAAUCCUAUAUAUGUAUUAGAAAUUAACUGGUGGUAGGACUUCCUUUGAGUCCGCGCGGGUAGGUACCACCACCCUGCCUAUUUCUGCCGUGAAGCAGUAAUGCGUUUCGGU